ACUAAGAUGAUUAGCAUUGCUGCUUUGAACGAACAGGUGGAAAUAUGCUGAUGAAUUGAGCGCAAGCACAAAUUCAAUUUGUAAAACAAUGAGUUUGGGCUACCCAUCAACAUCAAUGAUGCGACAAACAGCAAACAUUAUAGCCAGAAUACUAUCCAUUUUAAGGGGAUCUUUACCAUCGAUGCCUUUAGUUUCCUUUUUACUAUAAGAUUCAGUUUCUAUUGGCGACUUAAACAUCAUUACAAUAUUACAAUAUUUUAUAUUAUUAUUAUAUAUUUAGUUUACAAAAUAUUUUCCCAAAUUAAUAGAAAAAAAAUUGGUUCUAACUGUGUAUAAACAAAGUUACCGUUCAUAAAUACCAGGAUAUAUAAAUUGAGUAUGCAUGUAUACAUGUGAUCAAAACAAUGGUAAUUUUUUUUUGUGCCAUUAUCAUCAUUCAUAUCGAAGUUUUUAUCGUUUCAUGUGUCCAUUUAAUCACAAUAUCUUGAUGAAAUAGCCAAAUGUACUUAAUCCAAUGAUGACAAUCCAUGCAAUUAGAUAUUCCUUAACAACAACAACAACAAUAUGGUAUAAGCAUUGUAAAAACAACGUUGAAAUCUCGAAAAAAAUGUCAAAAUUAAUCUGCAUGUUUAAUAAAGUUCGAACGAGUUCUACGACUGCUAAUAUUGGAUAUAAUGAACUCAUGCCAAGAAAAUUCAACGAUGUCAGAGUGUGUAUGGAAGCACCACCCUCAGCACAACAGCAGCAACACAUACACAAGCCUAUCAAAACGGUGAUGCAAUGUUUUGGCGCUAAAACACAUUAUUUGCUUAGCCAAACGAUCAGAAAGCGCGGCUUUUGUCCGUUGUCAUCGGUUUUGGCGGCAUUUUUACGCUCGUCAUCGACUUUACACGACUUUUCUCAUUCAAAUCGAAAAAAAUCAACUUUGAUUUCGGAAACGAUGGAACAAUUCAUCAUCAAGUCAACACAGUCCAAAAAUAAUGACGAAGAUAAUAAUGAGUCAUCACUGAUCUCCAAAACACUUAACGAUAACCGACUAUUCGAAAUUCCAUCAAUGUGUUUGAGUUAUAAGGCCGAGAAAAACAAAGUCCUCAAGAUAAUUGUUGAAGGAAAUAUAGGCAGCGGCAAGACAACUUUUCUAUCGAUUUUUGCUAAAAAUUGUUCCAAACUAUGCAACGAUCCAUUGAUUAUACCUGAACCAGUUGAUUUGUGGCGUGAUGUGGGUGGUGUUAACAUUUUCCAAUUGUUGGCCGAUGAUCCAAAACGUUGGAGUUUUACAUUUCAAUCAUAUGUUCAACUAACCAUGCUCAAAAUUCAUGAAUUGAUGCCUGAGAAUGGAAACGUUAAAGUUAUGGAACGAUCUCUUUAUUCUGCUCGUUAUUGUUUUGUCGAGAAUUUGAUGCAAAAGAAAUUGAUAUCGCCCUGUGAAUAUCAUGUCCUGAAUCAAUGGUUUAACAAUUGUUUGCCAGCUGCUCAGAUUGAUCUCAUCAUUUACUUAAGAACCGAUCCUGACAUUGUUUUUGAAAGAAUAAAGAAAAGAGGAAGACCAGAAGAAUCCAAAAUAACACUCGAUUAUCUUCGAGCAUUGCAUAAACUACAUGAAGACUGGUUGGUUCAUAAAAAAUUUUCAUUGCCAGCACCAGUUCUUACCAUCGAUGCGAAUACACCGCUUGAGGAUCUGAUGGCCAUCUACGAGGAACAAACUGGAGGUAUAUUACGUGAACAUCAGAUUUUGGCCUAAUGAAUUAAUUAUCACAAAAUGACUGAUGAAUCUAACAUUGAUCUAUUUAUUGAUCUUGACAUUUUGAAUAAAAUAUAGUUUUUUUUGUAUUAA